CUGCUACACAAAGCCAUACUAAAUCUUGUUUUUCUCACAUCAGUGCUGGUAUAGGCCGUAAGGGUAUGUUAAUAGCCCUGGACAUUCUGAAACACGAAGCCAAUAUUAAUAUUUAAUUCCCGUUUGAUCUCACUUCACUGCUGGUAUAGGCCGUACGGGGACGUACAUUGCCCUGGACAUUCUGAUACACGAGGGCGAGUCUGAGGGAGCCGUGGAGAUACACGGAUGUGUGCUGAACAUGAGGAGGAACAGGGUCAACAUGAUCCAAACAGCGGAGCAAUACGAGUUCCUACACAGAGCCCUGGUCCAUGCCUUGACCUUUGACUGCGCGCCCGUGGCCGCUGACCAGUUACAGAACUAUGUCUCAAAGACAGGACAACAACAACGAGAGAAGCAGUUAAAGCAAUUGAUGUCCGUUUCUCAACACGUGGUUCCCGAAGAACGGAUCAAUAUGGCAAGAAAUAAAAAUUUGAAGAACAAAAACAGGCCUGGCGCAGAUAUACCAGGUGAUAAAUACAGACCUCGACUCCAAGUCCGCUCUGGUGCAGGCGACUAUAUCAACGCUGUCUUUAUCGACAGUUUCAAGACGAAGCGUCACUACAUCGAAGCCCAGUCGCCUCUACCUGGCACCGUUGUAUACUUCCUGAGUCUUGCCUACAAGGAGGACUGUCCAUGUAUCGUCAGCUUUCAACAUACUCAUGAAAGCAAAGAUGUGCGUAUGUACUACCCAGCGGAUAACCAGGUCCUGUCUUCAGGAGACUACACCGUCAGCAGCUUCAAAAUGGACGAGGAGAUGGAACACUGUGUGCCGAGACGCCUCGUACUGGAGAACAGGCCAAUUACGAAUAUAUGACGGUGCCAAAAUGUGCGGUUUGUUCUCUGUGGUGUCCACACUGCUACAGAAGAUUGCGAUCGACCACGAGGUCAGCGUCGUGAACACCGUCAGAAAGGUGAAGGCAAGAAGACAUGGCGCAAUCUCUACACAGG